GGGCGUGUGGCGAGGGGCGAUGGCGGGGGCCGGAAGCGGAGCAGGAGGAGGCGCAGGAAGCGUGGCGGCCGGGGCGGGGGCGGGCCCCCCGGGGCCGGAAGCGCGUCACAGGCUGGUUUGGGUCGACCUGGAAAUGACGGGGCUGGACGUUGAGCGCGACCACAUCCUGGAGAUGGCCUGCCUGGUCACCGAUGCCGACCUCAACCUGGUGGCAGAAGGUCCCAACCUGAUCAUCCAUCAACCGGACGAGGUGCUGGAGGGCAUGUCCGAAUGGUGCAAGGAGCACCAUGGGAAGUCGGGCCUGACCAGCGCCGUGCGGGAGAGCGCCGUGUCCUUGCGCGAAGCCGAGCUCGCGUUUCUCUCCUUCGUCCGGCAGCAGACGCCCCCGGGACUCUGCCCCCUCGCAGGGAACUCUGUUCACGCAGACAGGAGGUUCCUGGAGAAGCACAUGCCGCAGUUCCUGAGUCACCUGCACUACCGCAUCGUGGACGUCAGCACCGUCAAGGAGCUCUGCAGGCGCUGGUUCCCCGAAGAGUUUGCAUCAGCACCCAAGAAGGCGCUCUCUCACAGCUCCUGGUACAACCAGAGAAAGGUUUGCACAGCCCUGGUCUCGAUGUGCCACUUGCUUGACUCCCGUCAGAUCCCCUGAAGAUGCCAUUAGCCACAGGUGCAGGCGAAACGAAACAAAGGAGAAGAUGCUGCUGGAACACGUUGGCCAUGCAGCUUGGAAACAAGUUGUAAGUGAAUGACAAGACUGCGAAAACGUCCUGUCUUCAUCAGUUGCAGGCAGAUGCUGGCUUUUCUUCCUUAGCUGGUAAUCGGUUUUGCUUCUUACGGAGUAUUGUUUGCUCACUUCUUAACUUAAGGACCUUGUAAACACUUCCUUAACUUAAAGAGCCAUUGCCUUUGAUAAUGUAAGCGUGUUGUUUUCCACCAAGAGUUACUCAUUGGCUUCAGUGUCAUCAAUGUUGGUUACUCAAUGCUAUUCAAGCUUGGUCACUGCAAACUUCACACUUGCUUUACACAGAGAGGGGUUCUUACUCCCACCCUGGGUAUUAUUCCAUAGAUAUAACACUCCACAUCAGAGCCUAUGAAGAUGCCAUUAGUCACAGAUGUAGGCAAAACGUCAGGAGAGAAUGCUGCUGGAGCACAUUGGCCAGGCAGCCCGGAAAACUCACAGCAACCCAGUGGAUCUGGCCAUACGACAACACACAGGAGUUCCCUUCCCUUCUGCCUUUAAAAAGGCAUUUGUUUCAAGG